CUUUGAAACAACGUGCACGGGCUGAAUUUUCCCUACCACGAGGAUAGGCUGGGAAAUAGAUCAGCAAUCAGGUAAUCCGGCAUGAGCGAGUAGUCACUGAACCGACACUUCGAGGUUGUGUUCUGUUCGCUUCUGUUCAGAGUCGUGGUCACCGACAGGCUUCCGAGUUGAAGGACAAGGUUGUUCGUGUCCGUGUUGUGCAGGACUCUGCGCUGUACUUACUGUGAUUUACUCCAUCGACAUAUGACCAUGCAUCACGCUCUACUUGUUUCUGAAAUCCUUCUGGACAUAUUCGCCCAUGUCAACACAAUCCUGGACCCAUCAUCGUAUGGCGAGAUAUCAGUGGCUCGGAAAUCCCUUGCAACACUUGCAACGACAUGCAGGACCUUCCACGAACCUGCAAUGGAUUUACUCUGGGCUGACAUGCACGGGAUAGUACCACUGCUGGGCUGUGUAACGAGGUUACAUCCCAUGAUAUAUCAUCAUCAUGCCGGAAGGUACACUUGGUACUCUGAAGGCAUCGGCCCAUUAUGUGAGCAUGAAGUCCCUCAAUUUUUGCGUCACGCCCACCGUGUGCGCUCAUUGCAAAUCCCAUUCGACAACCAUUUUCACCUUCUUUCAGCGCUCCCUAUCAAGACAUUCGUAUUUCCGAGACUGCUAUCGUUAUCAAUGGCUAUACAUCCGGCUGGAUACUUACAUCUUUUCAUACUUCCUACGCUGCGUCGUUGUUCCCUAUCGCUCAUUCGUCCCGAUCUGAAAUUAAUUACGGCCUAUUGCGCUACGUUGGAGGAUCUAAGCAUCAAGGUCUCCAGCCAAAGCACAGCGGACGAGCUGUCUCUGCUAUCUGACAGUAUUCGUAUGUGCAAGCGGCUUGUAACUCUGUAUUGCCCACCUCUCGACUGGGCAGCAUGGAAGCACCUAUCGAACCUCCCUACCCUUCUCUCAGUGGCGAUUUGUGGUGAAGUCCGUUGCCCGUUGGACACGGAUAACUUCAUUUUCACACAUUUCCUCAAUAUCACGGCUCUUUCCUUCCAUGUAACCACGGCUUCAUACGUAAUCGCAGUCAUGCGCAACUCAGCAUUCCCCUCCCUGAAAGAGUUCAAAAUGGUUACCCGUGUUUUACCCUUGGAAGAUGCUGAACAGCUUCUUCAUGUACUCUCACAGUGCCAGACUCUUCAACAUAUUGACAUUUUAUCCCGUGAUCAAAGAGUUCCGGAGCCCUCAGAUAGCUCUUUGACACCAAUCACCCAACUUCUUGGUUUCACGCAUCUCCGAACCCUGCAGCUCGCUUUUCCCCAUUGUUGUAUUCGCCUUGACAAUCACCUUCUUUUGAAAGCCAUGUCAAGUUGGCCGCACAUCCGCUCUCUGAAAUUAGAAGACCCACUUCUUCGUCUAGCCACCAUCACAUUCUGCGGGUUAUUCACAGCACUGCGUCAAUCUCCCCACUUGCAUACGUUGCACUUAUUAAUAGAUGCUCUGAAUAUCGAUAUCGAUUCUCAGGCCGAGUCUUUUCAGCAUACAUCUCUACAAACAUUGGAUGUGCGCACUUCUCACAUAGUGGAUCGUGAAGCUGUCGCUUACAUUCUCUUCACCAUGCUUCCUUCCGUUGAGAGCGUUAUCCAUGGCUCCAGUGGACGCCACAUCCGGUACGCAUGGCAGGAGGUCAACAGGCGUCUCCAAUCUCUCAAGUCUUCUGCGGUCCUUGGCCGCUGUAUCACAGGAGCGGCUGCAGGGUGCUGAAUUUACCAUACGUAUUUAUUCAGCAAUUGUGCUAGAUUUGCUAUCCAGUAUCUUAAUACUUAGAGUGGGAGGUCGAGACAAGCAAGGUAGCUUAGGCCUCGAUAUGUAAUUGACUUGGAAUUUAAUAUUUGCAUGACAAACCACUUGUAACCAGCUCCCAUGCGCUGUCGCAGCACUUGCAGAAUGUCUG